AUGGAGGCUGAUUUACAUCAAGUUAUCAAAGCAAAUGAUGACCUCACCCCUGAACACUAUCAGUUUUUCCUAUAUCAGCUACUUCGGGGUUUGAAAUAUAUACACACAGGUACUUAUGCUUCCACUGGUUUCGAAUUGGAUCUCUAUUCUUACUUGUCUCCUUGUACAUAUUUAACAUGUCUACCCCUACAAUUUGUUUUUUUAAUUUAUUCAGCUGCAUACUCACCUAGUCCUUGGUUUUUAUAUUAUUCUAAUACAUCUUUUUUCUUCCUCUUCUGUUUCAAUAUAGCUAAUGUAUUUCACCGCGAUCUCAAACCGAAAAACAUUCUGGCAAACUCUGAUUGCAAACUCAAAAUUUGUGACUUCGGCCUGGCAAGGGUGGCUUUCAAUGAUACGCCGACUGCGAUAUUUUGGACAGUAAGCUUUCAUCAAUUUACUAGAAUUUGUAAGGUCUCUUUGUUUACUUUUCACAUGCCAAGGCCUUUUCUUGCAGGACUAUGUGGCAACAAGAUGGUACAGAGCUCCUGAACUGUGUGGAUCUUUUUUCUCAAAGGUGAUUGGCUUUCUAUUGUCAUUGCGCCAAAGAAUAAAGAAGUUAAAUAGUCUACGUGUAGUGAUCAAUGACUUUUGACUUAUUAUUGAAUUUUAUCUCUUGACUUGUUUUCUAUUCAUCUUUUUACUUCUUUUAUUUGACUAAACAGAGAGCAGAAUUAGAGUGGUAAUCAGGAUGUAUAUGAUCAUUUUGGGUCGUAUAACACCAUAUGAUCUGGAUAGGCGUGAUGAUAUUCCAGUUGACUUUAAUUUCAGACCUUCUGCUACGUGAUACGUUCUGAUACUGAAUACUAUCUGUAUAUUGGGAUAUUAUUCUCUACUUAUCCAUAUCAUAUUAUAAUUGAGCAUUGUGGCAUAUAAGUGUUUGAAAUUUUAUGCCUUUAUUCCCCUUUUACAGUUUGUGUGGAGAAGUUGCUGUUGAUAUUAUUUGAUUGGAAGUUUUUAGGCUGAGGAAAUUGUGGAGAUUUUUGAGAGGUGUCACAGAAAAGAAAACAUUUCUCAGAAACUGGGAUGCAGUAUCUUCCAGCGAAAUUUACGUGCUCCAAAUACAAUAAGUUUUCUAUUUGAAAGGAUCAUUCAGGAAGUUUCAUUGAUGAUUGAACAGCUGCUGUUCAGCUACUUAAUUCAUUCUUGAAGCUAGAACUAGGUGCAAUGGGUAUUGUUUUUCUCCCCUGUUUUUUUAGACCUGACCAAAAUCCAGUCCUACGUCUACUAGAAAAAGGUGCCAGAAUGAAGCACAUUAAUGUUCAAUACUUUUGAUUUUUGACUGCCUCUACUAUUGUUCAUAUCCUAUGGAACUUACUCAUGAGUGCUGCGAAGUGCUCCUGGCAACAUAAAUUGGCUGUAGAGUUGGAAAGGUGAUGCUGCAGGUUGCCUCAAAUGGGAUAAAUAAGCUUUACUAAGUGUGAACAAAUCUAAGACUGUCUGUUUGGCAGCUUAAUGACCUUACUGAUGAUUUUUCUGGAGAAGGGGGCAUAAAAUCUCAUUAUUUCUUUUCAAGGUCCCAAUAAUGCAGAAAAGUAAGGGAAUAAUUUGUUCAUCAGUUGCACUUUUAUCUGUGGCUUUCUAUCAAUUGCCUUUAAAGUAUACAUGUAAUGAUAUAAAAUGAUAAAUGCAGGUUUGGUUAUGGGUAUGUGAUAUGAAAAUAUGAAAUUUGCACAAGGAUUCAUGUCAAAUUGUUUACAAAAUUGAUUAAGAGAAUGCAACAUCUUUAUAGAAAAUAUAUUCUUGCGAUUUUUUUUUUUAUCUUAUUAAGUACUCACUUAGACCAUUUGGCCUCUGUUUGGAUAACUACGGCCUUGCAACUCAGCUAUUUAACUUUUUGUUAAACAACGGCCCAUCAAUCUAUGGUCCACUGGAGGGACUUCCAAGCAUCAUCUAAUGGGACCCUGAAACAGAUGUACCCAACAAAUUAUAAAGUCGGUUAAAAAACGAGGGCUAUAAAUUGAAAACAGUAGGGAGCGUUCAAUGGAUCCUUUAAUCAUAUUUUAUCGGCUGUUAUCGUAAAUGCAAGUGCUUGCCAUUUGGUUUGAGCUCAUUUUUUGCACUGAAAACGUGGAGGAUAAAUUGUUUGUUGAGCUGCUUAUAUGUAACAUUUAAUUACAGUUGUUUGGUGACAACACAGAUUAGAGAGUAGCCUCUGUACAUCCCUGCUAACCAUUUGGCCUGUAAGUUUGCUGAGCAAACUGUAUUAGACACUCAAAGGGAGGGCUGAGUAAGCCGUUGAAGACAUGUUGGGGUUUCAGGAAGGUCCAUUUAAUGGUAACAAUCAAAGACAUCCUGCAUAAGGAGUGAGAAGGGCAAGGGGUGGUGUUUUGUAACAACAGUAGGGUCAGCGCAGAAGGACAAGUUCAUUAUACAAUUCGUGGUUUCUGCACAUUUUAUUACGUUUUAAAAUACAUUAUUUAUUUCAUAAACUUGAUUUAGGGCUGUGUAGAUAUUCCCUCAAAGUCUUAACUUUUUGCAGCCUUUCUGUUUGAAAUGAGGUUUUCUACCAUCAUCAUCUGGAGAUAUAAAUUCCCUGAUUGUAAUCCUAGCAAACACAUCUUUCAUCCAUAACUUUACACUUCAUGCCAGAUAUUUUGUGGGAGGAUAACAAUAAAUGCAGUAGAAUGAACAAUCAGCUUUCAUUCUUCAGGUUGAUUUUAUCUUCAGUCCUUGAGUGUAAAAUUAUUGCUUUGCAUCAUUAAGAAAAUGAUCCACUCCAUGCAAUAUAUUGAGAAAACCUGAUUUUUAAAGCCGUCUCUACAUCCUCUAACACGUACUUAAGGUAACUGAGAUCUCCACAUGGAUAAAUAUGUAGUCAUUAUGACGUCUGAAUUUCCAUCGUGGAAAUUUUGGCGGUUUAUCCAAAUCUAUAGCUUCUAUCGCCUAUAACAGACUGCAAAAUAAAUGUACAAAUUAAAUUUCUCGUUGAGAGUUUGCCAUUUGAAUUCUGUUACAAUUUCUAAUAUGGGGUAAUAUAGAAAUUGUCACCUAACUUCCAAGUUUCCUUUUGCAGUACACACCAGCCAUUGAUAUAUGGAGCAUUGGCUGCAUCUUUGCCGAACUUCUUACUGGGAGACCUCUUUUUCCUGGGAAAAAUGUUGUUCACCAGUUGGAUUUAAUGACAGAUCUCUUGGGGACACCUUCUGCAGAAGCCAUUGCAAGGGUCUCUUCUCGUUGCUGAAUUUUCUUUAGCAUUGUUCCUCUCCAUCAAUUGGAGGUUAUCCAAUGCCAUAGCUUUGUCUGACUAAAGGUGUACUCAAUAUAGGUGAGGAAUGAGAAGGCCAGGAGGUACUUGAGCAGUAUGCGUAGGAAGAAACCUAUACCCCUUUCUCAAAAGUUCCCAAAUGUUGAUCCCUUAGCUCUUCGCUUGCUAGAAAAAAUGUUGGCUUUUGAACCAAAGGAUCGGCCUUCUGCUGAAGAGGUACUGUGCAAAGCGUCCACCAGCUGGUGUAACCUUCCAAGGGUCAUGCUUUUAGUAUGUUUUUUCUUCGUGUAUGCGAUGAAAUUCUAAAGUGGUUAUUUCUCUGCAAGGUGUUAGGCUCUGGCUGAUCCCUAUUUCAAGAGCUUGGCAAAGGUUCAGAGAGAACCUUCUGCUCAACCAGUAACCAAGCUGGAGUUUGAAUUUGAGAGAAGAAGGGUAACCAAAGAAGAUAUCAGGGAGCUCAUUUAUCGAGAAAUUCUGGAGUAUCAUCCAAAGCUGCUGAAAGAGUUCUUACAGGGAACAGACUCGAUGGGUUUCAUGUAUCCAAGGUAG